AUGACCCAAACAAAGUUUAAGACCGAUUUAGAGUUGCUAGAAAGUCAGCUAGUGGGUCCUCAAGAUGAAGCUUUUGCUCAUACACGAUUUCGCGACAGUCCGGCAACGAUAUGCACUACCAAAAUACCAUUAAUGGAACCAAGUCUUAGUGAAGAGCAGCAGAAGGAGCUUCGCGUUUCGACUACUCCUUGCAUGAGUUUGUUUGGCAUAUAUUUGCAUUUAAUUACCGGCUUGUUGAUUGUGUACUGCAAAGACCGACAAUCAUUCACUAUUAGAAAAACAAGAUAUGAGCUUCAAGACGUGAUAAAUAGGACCAUGAGAAACGAGAUCUGGAUGCGAGGAAAAGCCGUUGAGGGAAAGCACUACGUCAGAUUGAAUACCAGUUACAACAUGAAUCGAACGAGAUUACUCACUCAAUCUACAGGGUCCUUUCCUGCUUCGUCUUCGAUAGUAAAUGGCAGCACCAGCGAUGGUGAUGACAACGAAGAGUACCCAGAAAUCGGAUGGCAGGAUCUCUCGAGAGAUAUAAGCAUUGAGCAGAAAAGAAAAAAAUUGUACAGCAUUGAGGAGGAUGUUCCUAUAGGAUUGUUCUCUAAUCCCGAUGUUGUAAUACCAAUGCUCCCCAUAUAUAUUGGAUACAAACCGGCGGAUGCGAAGGGGUGUGUACACGUAUAUGAGCCCGUUGAUUUCUCACAACCAUCUUACAAAAAACAGAUAAAGGAGCAUCUCGGAGGGAUGCUAUUUUUCCAGAACAUUUACUCAGUGAUCGAGAAAUAUCGAGUUCCAGUUAAUAUAUGCCGGUCAGAAGAGCUCGGCUUGAUAUAUCCCAGUGUAGAUUUCCCAUUGAAGGAAUUUAUUGCAGACAAAAAUGGCGCCCAACCUGGACAGCUCACCGGCUUCGUCGUGAACUGGUUUGAAAAAGUCGACUGUGAUCAGGAAGGUUCCGAAAGCAGUAUCGAAUCGGUAGUAGAAUCGCUUUCAGGAUCACAGCCCCUUGUAUCCAGGAACGACGCCCACUCUUCACAGGACGAUACCGAUGAAUUUGAUAUCUUUUGUCAUAUUAUGGAUGAAGACAACGGGAGAAGCACGGCAAUAAUGGGGGCAAGGAAAGAAACACGUUGGAAGAGAGCACGGCAAAAUAGGGCUGCGGAUCAUAGUACCCUUUUGGGAAACAAUCGCGAAGCGCAACCUGACCCUGAUGAUAUAUCCGGUGCUGGCAGUGAUGAUCUUGAUAUCUUCUAUAAGGCAUUGCCAACCCCAGUCAGGAAACCAUAA